CAUAAAGCACACACACAACUACUCAAACUUGCUACUUGUCAUAUCUUACAAAAGGAGAAGAAAGAUAUGAAGUAUUUGAGCAGCCUUAUCAUCACAUUAUGUUUGGCUAAUGUAUUAUGCCUUGGAUUGGUUUAUGCAGAUGAAAGACCCGAUCACCAAUGUGGGCCUAAUCUAGGAAAUCCUCCAUGUGGAGACGGAAGGUGUUGCAGCAUCCAUAACUUUUGUGGUGGCGGAUCUAGUUACUGCAGAGGAGGAAACUGCCGAUACCAGUGCUGGUUCGCAGCAGCACCGACUGGUGGUCUCCCUCGUGAUAAUUCUGUUACUAAAAUAGUCACCAAAUCACUCUACAACGAAAUGUUUAAACAUAGAAGUGAUUGUCAAAGCCAGGGCUUCUAUAGCUACGAGGCUUUCAUCACUGCCACUCAAUCCUUUCCUGGCUUUGCUACUACUGGAGACGUCUCAACUCGUAAGAGGGAGCUCGCUGCUUUCUUUGCUCAAACUUCUCAAGUAACCACUGGCUAUGGUCCUAGUGAUCCACAUGCGUGGGGAUAUUGUAGUAUCAAUGGGACUGUUCACACAACAGCUGGGAAUGAUUAUUGCACUUCCCCUAAAUGGCCUUGUGCUUCAGGCAAAAAAUAUAUUAGCAGAGGACCUAUCCAACUCACUCACAACUACAACUACGGACUUGCCGGUAAGGCUCUUGGAGUUGAUUUGAUAAAAAAUCCAGAUUUGGUGGCCAUAGACCCUGUUGUUUCAUUCAGAACAGCCUUGUGGUUUUGGAUGACUAAGCAUGACAGUAAACCAGCUUCUUGCCAUGAUAUUUUGAUCAAUGCUAAUUCUAAAACUAAUGAUCAAGUGUCCUCAAGCUACGUUGCCAUAGAUAAAAUAGUAAACGACAAUUCUCAAAUAGUCCAAACUGAGCUCGGCGAAAAUAGCAGAGUUUCUAAUAGCAUUGGGUACUAUAAAAGAUAUUGUGAUAUGUUAGAAGUGAGUUAUGGAAAGCUCAUAUGAUAAUAUGUAUGAGAAGACUACUUAUAACCUAUUAGGUACUACGUAGCUCAAGAAAAGAAAUAAAGUGAUAUGGUUCUCCCCAUUUUCAUAUAGGAGAGAGAUCAUGUAAUAUAACCUUACUAUAUGUAUUUGUGUCAAGUGAUCAUAUACAUAUGUAAAGUGCUUGAAUAUUUAUAUGCUGAUAAAAUAAAUGAGCUACAUAAACUUUUUACGUACCUUCCAAUACAAUGAUACAUAAUGAGUUUUAGUUAUUCUUCUUUAAUUAUUAUUAAUAAACUCGAUAGAAGGUGCAAGUGGAUGAUAUCCUCUUGGUUCAACCAAAUCAUGAACGCACAUGUCAGAUUGGAACAAUAAAACAGAAAGUGUAAAGUACUGGUCCAAAAAGAACAUUGCUAUUAGCAGAUGUGGAGCCAAGACUAGAUGUCAAGGUGGCCAAACUAUAUUAAAAAUUAGGGUAAUUUGCGGUCAAACCUUCUCAUGUUUACUUUCGCACUUAACCCCUAUUGUUUAUUUUUGGCGGCCAAACUAUCUUAAAUUAGUUCGGUUUGCAAUUUUAAUAUCCCGUUAUUUGCACACCGAUAUUUGCCUCCUUGACACAUCAAAGUCAGCCGAAAAUGCUUACCUAUCACUAUAAAAAAUUAUAUUAAGAAAUGAAAAGAAAAUACAACUGAAAUCGUACCUAAAAAGAACUUGAAGAUUAUGAGAACAAGAAAGGCAACUUCAGGUCUUCUGUAAUCUAUGAAAGGAUUGUUUUCUUAAGGAUUGUUUUCUUAAGUUUCCACCACCUGAGAUUUGUGCGAUAGAGGUUCGAAACUUUGUCGUACUGGCGGUGGAAGCUCCAUCUGGUGGUUUUCAUGGAGAAUUUAAGCCAUCUCAAAAGUCGUUGUAAGCCCAUAAAAUAUUCAUGUAUAACUUGCUGGAAGUAUCCUAUGAGUUUUCAUUUUUCUUAGUCACUUAUCUCUGCUACUUUAAUUUUUAUUUUUGCUUGCUACUACUAUAAAUUUAGAUGUUGGGUUUUGGCAGGGGGGUUUUGUAAUUUUUGGACCCUCAGAUGUGUGAUGGCUCAAGAGAAGUGAUACAUGGGUUUCUUAAGAAGAUUAAUUAUUUGAGAGUGAAAUAUCUUCCAGGAGAGAGAUUUAUGAAUAACCAACAUAUUUAGGAGGAAAAUGCACAACAUGUCCCAUUCCAGAUGUUGGACAUAAAUGAGAAUGAGUCAUUUCUUAAGAUCUCAGUUGUUGAAUGUUAUCAAAGCAGGCCCAUUAUGGAAUGUUAUGAGAACAAAAGCAAUCAAAGUUACAAAAAAUUUCUUGUCAUUUGUGUUCUAUUAGUUAAGAUAUUACUAUAUUUCAAAUAUUAAUUAGUAAUUGAGAAUUUUUUUGGUCAGAAUCUGUGUAUUGGUAAUUACUAUAUUGUAGUUAUCUGAUUUAGUAUGUUUGAUUUAUAUUAAAUUAGGCCUCUCUAAUUUUGUAUGGAAUUAGUAAUAUUUUGAAAUAAAAUUUAGCAUGACUUUUGAAUCA